UACUCGGAAGUACAGUACGAGUAUGCGCGCAUCUAGUUUGUAUUUCUUUAUAGUUAUGUAUAUCAACAGUUCUUUAAUAUAAUUUAAAGAGAAAAUAAUUUGUUUUUGAGAAGCAUUAAAUAUGAUAAGUGAUCUUAAAAAAGGGCGAGCCAUCUGUGUUGAGUAAAGAAAUGUGAUAUAUGUAUGUAGUUCAACGAAAUAUUCAUGAAAAUCUAUAAUAUUUUAUUGGAAAUAUCUAAUGGAAUUUAACGCGUUGCUAUAUCUUUUAUUUAUUAUAUUAAAUGUAUAAAACAAUAAUAUAAUUUUUAACACACGAAAUGUUUAUACAAAGAAGAUUGUGUUUUAUUGACAAGUUGGAUUAAUGAAAAUAUUUAUCAAAGUUAAAAUUUCUAUAACAAGAUGAAUAAAAGUCACAUGGAUAAAAGAUUAAAUCAGCUACCAACUUGGUUGUGGGCUAAUUCCGCUACUUUACCACCGAUAUAUAAAAUUGUAUGGGAAGCAGUAAGAGAAGAUAGAAUUAAAUCUAAUGGAUUGCAGACUGAAGUUUUAGUCGACACUAAUAAAGUUUUUCCAUUAUUACUUACGAGCCAACUCUCAAUGGAGGUUCUAGGUCAUAUAUGGAAUUUGGCUAAUCAAAAAUAUGCCGGACAACUUACAGAACAAGAACUUUAUAUCGUACUUGCUCUUGUUGCUGCCGCACAAGCAUCUUAUACGUUUAAUAGCUUAGAUAUAUUACAUUUACUUCCAUUUCCGCCAAUUCCAUAUUUAAAUAUAGAAUGUGUAUUAAAUGUUCAAUCUACAAUGUAUGUUAAUGCCUCAUCAAAAUAUCAAGCUAAUAAAAAGGAGGAAUCUAAUAAUAAAUCAAUGAAUUUUGAAGAAAAAUAUACGUCUGAAGUUAAAGGAAAAAUAAAUAAAACUGGCCAAUUAACAUUUGAUUCCAAUUUACCAGUAUCAAAUGUAUUAGAUAAGACACCAUAUUUAGACAAUGAGACAUGUUCCACUCUAAUGAUAAGUUCUAAUUCAUCAAAUCCAUGCCCUCGAGAUUAUUCCAAAUAUACUAAAAUUCGUUCAGAAAUGAAAAGUAAUAUAUGUACGUUAGAUAAUAAUGAUGAUUUUUCUGAAUUUCAAAGUGCUCCUAUUGUCAAUAAUACACCUAGCAUGUCGAAUUGGGAUAUGAGACAAGGCUCUGCAAUUGGAAGUAGACUUGCAAAUCAUAACUUAGGUGUUAAGAAACCAGUUGAAAAACCUAAAAGAAAUAAUACAAAUUCUAAAACUAUGAACUUUCAUAUGCAAACGCAUACUUCUUUAUCAUCUUUAAAUCCUGUCUCUCAAAAUUUAUCAUUAGAACGUUUAUCAGAAUUAUUUCCUAAAUGUGCGAUAAAAAAUCAAUCGAAAACUGUAAUAUUAAAAGAUACUAUUAUAAGAAAUAAUGAUUUAUCAAAGGACAAUGGUGAAACUAUAAGAGAUCUGAAAGCUAAUAUAUUAGAAAAUAUACAAUUAUCUGGUAAUAAAUCUAUAAUGUGUAAAUUAGAAUCUACUGAUAAGGCUGGUAUUAAAGAAGUAAAAUCUGAUCAACGAGAUUUAAUGAAUUUACAAUCUACUGAAGAUAAAUACAGUGCAUUACGUGCAUUAGUAAAUGAAACAUCUGUAACAAAUAAAACAAACUCUGUUGACAAUAUUGCAUCAAAUGAUGAAUUUGGAGAAUUUGUUUCUGCCGAACAAACAAUUACUGACGCUAAUUCUAUUUUGGAUAAUUCCAAUCCUGAAUACUUCAGAGAUACAAUAACAAGUUUUGAAACAAAGUCUUUUAAUAACACUGAUGAUAAUAAUACAGCAGGUAUUGACAUUAUACAAGAUAUAUCUCAAUCUUUGAACAAUGUCAAAUUUGGAGACAAUAUUGAAGAACAAAGAAUUAAUGAAAAAUUUGAACCUAAAAUUGAACCAGGUAAACUUAUUCAAAUGGAAGAUGCUAUAUCUCUUAAUAGUAUAGAAUUGAUGAAUGGAAUAUCUGAUCGGACAAUAACAAGAUCAGGUUCUGUACCUAGCUUAGAUCUAAAAUCCUUUUUACCUACAAAUUCAGAAGAAGAUCAAAUAAUACAAAUAACACAGCAGACAGUUUAUUGGGAGUGGAAACAAUAUAUGGAAAGUUGUAUAUCAUUAUUACAAAUCGCAGCUAAUAUAUUCACUAAUAUAACAUCCGAAGUUAUAUUAAAUGAAGUAUUAAAUUCCGCACAAGGAUACAAUUUUCUUUGUAAUUUAGCUGAAGUUGCAGCAGUUUGUAGACGAGUCAAUUUUUCAUAUAAGGAAAUGGAUAUAAAUAUUAUCGGAUUUGAUGAUCUUCUUAUGGAUAUCGAUAGAAUUUGGGCAGAAAUGGAACCCUUUUAUGCUAAUAUACCAAUCGUAACAGAACUACCAACUUGGCCUUUGCAUCAAGGUGAAUGCAUUUCUUGUGCGCUCUGUUUAACUGUCAUUACCAGCGACAAAGUAAUUUAUAAUGAAAAUAAUUAUCACGUAACCUGUGCAAAUUUAUGGCUGAAUUGUGUAAACAAUCAAUUGCCUGCGAUACAAUAUCCCACAUUCUAUUCCUUUACAAACAUAUGUUCAACUAAUAAUCACAUUUGACACUAACUUAAAUAAAGUUAUAUUUCGAGUUACAUUGUACAGUUUAAUCAGAAGAAAAUACAGUAUUCAAGUUGGAAAAAUAAAAAUGAUGCAACCAUA